GCGCUGGCGACAAUUAAUUAGAUGCAUGUGGCUAGCCUGCAGCCUCCCGCUGGCGUUGACAGACACUAUGAGUACAUGCUCCGGUUCCCGUUCCCUCCUAAAGAACAAGGAGAGCUCAAUAUCAAGGCAACGAUUAGGGCGAGUCUUCAACACCCUUAUGUCGUGGCACUGUCUGACAGACAAGAUCUCGAAUAAUGUGCAGAUACGCUUACUUGCAUCCAGUGAACUUUGAUUUCUGCCGCCUCCCUCCCCCUUGUACGUCGUGGGACCAUAAGGGAAGAACAAGAUCAGAGGGUAGAAGAACUGGUUGUUUUUGUCCUCCAUUCCCUUGAAUAUGCUUGCCGCCGGUCUCAGACCCCGCAUUUUUGGCCUCUCUUCCCGUUUCCGCUCUGCAAGGGCGUUCUUGCGGCAUGGCGAAUCGCAUCCUACAAGGCAACCCGCAGCGGUUGUGGGAUAGCCGAGUGACAUUGCCGCGCUGACUUGGCCCACGAGUGCAUUCGGUAUAUGUAGGAUCGAGCUCGCACAAGUUUGUUAUUGGAAUGGUGCGAGUUGGCUCACAAAUAUUGAUCGUCGUUCAAUAUCGACGACCACGCUGCUCAACCUUAACCGCAUGACUGACUAGCUGGCGCCCCCGAUCCUGUACAUACAGACAGGCAGUGUGUCGUACAGUGACAUGCCUGGGCCUCGUCCGCUACCACUCACCUUAUUUGUGAUUGCGGUCCGCCCAGGCUGCUGCAGGGUGUGGUGGGCCGCUGGUCCAAGAAUAGUGGCAGCGAAAUUCUGGUCAAGUGGUCCAGUCAAGCAGGGCUCGAAAGCAGUAUCGAUCAAUCAACAAUCAUGCAGUGAGACUUUUUGGUCCGCGACCAAUAUGUGGGGGCCUAUGUAUAUCCUUAUUGUCUGCUGUGCACUACGAUGUCGCCCAAUGCCACCGGCCAGCCACUGACUGACUGACCGACGCUCCUUCCGCUCAUUCCAUCAUAGCAUCGUCCACACAUAGUAAUGGCAGAUCAUUCCAGUCGCUCGUACGGAGGAUACAGUAGCAGCAGCAGCAGCAGUAGUCGUCGUCAUUAUUGUAAGAGGUGUUAGUCUC